UUCAGAAAUUGGGCAACAUACUACAUGUAUUUAAAUAGUUUUUUUUUUCUUAUUAUAAAAUAUAUUUUUCUGACCCAUCAUACAGUCAAACAAACAAUGUCAACUGAGAAACAUCAGGUGCUUUUCUUUGCACUUAAUUGGACAUUGUGGCAGAGAGGAAAUCUUCGCACCUACCCCUUUGACAGAAAAUAGUACCUAAACACAGUAUUAAUAGAAUUAAUCAAGGCUGUGCAUAAAAACAACAAUAAUGCCAUAUUACAUCUGUGUUUACCUAAAUAUUCAUGUGAAAAUGACUGCUGUGGAAAAUCUACUCAGCUUGCCUUUGAGAGCAGACAUUUACCCUCAGAUAUGCGCAUGCGCCAUUAUGGUGGCGACAGUUACAAAGUUUGUUUCUGUUGCUAACCGUUAGGAAAUUGUUCUUCCACAAGUCAAGUAAUUUCAGUCAUAUAGCAGAAAUGUUUCUGGGACCUCGAAAAUACAUCGAAUCAGCGGUAAGGAAUGUAAACAAUACAUCCCUCCCAAGCAACCUGAGUCGGCGACUGCUAAGUCCGAAACCAAGUUAGCUAAUGCUAGCAUCAUAGUCGGUGAUUAUUUUGGAACUUAAGUGAACAUUUCUGAGCUCAUAUUUUUCUUUUAUUAUUAUUGUUUUAAAUAUGUUUAAUUGCACAUUUGUAAAGCGAACAAAAUAUGUCAAGUUUCAUUUAAGCGUUUCCAAAACCCCAACACGUGGAGUUGCCAAAUUAAGUCAAGGGCUUACUUUAGGCUAAUUAAUGCGUUUAAAGCUUGUUCUUUGCUUCUUGGUAAGGAGGAAACACCCAACACAAAAUUUGCUCCGUUUUUAUAAAUUCUACUAAGUAUAAAAAGUUUGACAAAUAUGACAGAGUGAUUAAAAAAACACAACUUUAACUUUCACCACAACUUAUAAAUCUGAAAGCAAACACCAGCGGCUCUUGCAGGAGAAGCUGUAGGUUGUAGUGUUGGCCACUGGGGGCGCUGUAUGUAGACAGCAUGCUCAGCUGUGUUAUCACUGAACCUUGUGAUUGGUCUUUAGGGUGUAAAGCAUUUUCUUUCCUCUUCAAAUAGCGGUCAGUUGUUGCUCGUCAGACCAGUCUCCAGCAUGUUUUUAGACAGAGUGCUACUGGAUAACUGACUGGGACUGACAAGUGGAUUCAAUGGAAAGUUUUUCUCUGUGCGUAAAGUGAUUACAGUAAAAGAAACUCGCAUAACCCUUCAGGCAUGUCCAACAGUUUGGUGAUAAAAACAUUGGAGGACCUGAGCUUGGAUUCGGGCUGUAUGACCAGAGAGUCAUGUCCGUCCCUCAGCCUGUCGUCCUCCGGCAGAUCGAGACAGUCUAAGCUGUGUGCCAGCACUCCUCACCGGGGUUCCUGGUGGCAGCAUGCCGGCUCCAUGUACAGCAGAAACAGCAGCUGGGACACGGUGAGCACGCUGCCCGAGGACACGGCGGACACACUGGCCAAGUGUCCCUGCCUACCCGAGCUGGAGGAGUAUCCAUGGACCGAGCAGGAGCUGCAGGAAGUGGUGCGUAAAGUAGCCGGCGCGAACGCCUCGUUCACCCUGGAGGCAGUUUACCGCCUGUCCGUUCUGCUCCGCAGGGUUUUGGUACGGAUCUGCAGGGAAACGCAGCGGCUGAGUGAGCUCCACAGAUGGUGCACGCGCCUGGAGGUCCAGAUCGCUGCGAGGCUGGUGCUUAGCUGGGCUCUGGCCGAGAAGUGCAUCUGCUCCGCGGUCAGAGCCGUGUCCCUGCACUGCAUGAGCUCCGGAGACACCACGCGUCAGCAGGGCAAGUCCGCACGCUGCGGGCUCACGCUCUCCGUGGGUCGGUUCUUCAGUUGGAUGGUGGAAACACGCGUGUCAGAGCGCGUGCAUGAGUACGCUGCAGUUUGCCUAACAGCCUGCGUGGAAACUCUGGCGGAGGAGGUGGUCGGACGAGCGCUGCAGGUCGCGAGGGUGGCAGCGGAGGACGUGGGCGCGCCGGACGACGAGGUGACCUGCUGCCCGGUCACCCCGGAGCUGCUGGAGGGAACCGUGAACAGCGACGCCGAGCUGUGGGGACUGCUGCAAACCUACGAGCAUCUCAUAUGUGGUAAAAACGCCAACGGUGAACUGUCGCUGCCAGCCUACGUCAGCCCAUACACAAAGGUUCUUGAACCAAUGGAGAGCAGGGAGGAUGCUUACAUCCACAUGGAGCUGCGAAUGCUGGAACAGGCACUGCUCACUACCUGCGUGGGCAGCAUCAUCGAGCUCAGUGAUCUGGUGUCACGAGUAAUGCGCCACAUGCAGCGCCGGCAUAGCUCGAGCCUCUCUAUCAGCAGCACCCGAUCGGCCCAUCAGUCACCAGUGUCCUGGGCCCCGGAUGCUCUCCGCACCCUCUACUACUUCCUGUCCAGUCCUCAGAUGGAAUCCAUGGAGAAUCCCAACCUGGAGCCUCCGGCCAUGACACUAAUCAGAGAGAGGCCGUUCCUCCUCCUCCCUCCUCUGAUGGAGUGGAUCCGGGUCGCUGUGGUGCAUGCUGAGCAUCGCUGCAGCCUAUUGGUGGACAGUGAUGAUGUCAGACAGGCUGCUAGACAGCUUCUUCCGGGACUGGACUGUGAGCCCAGACAGCUGAGAUUCAAGUGCUGUUUCCAGUCCUUCAAGCGUUUGGAUGCAGAAGCUGCUUCAUCAAAGUUUCAGCUGGAUUUGGGCUUCAGGAUGCUCUCAUGUGGUCGAGCAGAUCUGGUCCAACAGGCCACGUUGCUUCUUGGAGCCGACGGCGUGGACACCACAGAUGACCAGGGAAUGACUCCUCUGAUGUACGCCUCUGCAGCAGGUGACGAAGCAUUGGUGCAGAUGCUCAUAGAGGCAAGAGCUCACCUGAACUUGCAGGUUCCAGGCUGCUCUGCCAGACACCCGUCUGUGCACCCCGGCAGUCGGCACUGGGUGGCCCUGACGUUCGCUGUGCUGCACGGUCACCUGAGUGUGGCUCAGCUGUUGUUGGAGGCUGGAGCAGACGUGGAGGGAGGGUCUCUGCUGGAUGGACAGAAGAGCUCGGCAGAGACGCCGCUGCAGCUUGCUGCUGCUGCAGGUAACUAUGAAAUGGUUGUACUGCUGCUCACCUAUGGAGCAGACCCUCUGCUCAGAGUGCAUCAUGGGAAUUCACUGACCUCACCUCUACAUGAAGACAUGAGCUGCUUCAGCUACGCAGCAGCACACGGACACAGGAACAUCUUGAGGAGGCUACUGCUGCAGCCACAACACAGGAAGGAGGACAUCCUCUCUCUGGAGGAGAUUCUGGCUGAAGGAGUGGAGGAGCAGGAGGAAGAAAAUCCAGCCCAUCCUACAGCUCCCAACUCCCCGAGCGUUGUUCCGAGGCUGUGUAAGGCCAGGAUGAAAGCCCUGCAGCAGGCGGCGUACCACAGUGCAGAGCACGGCUACCUGGAUGUUACCAUGGAGAUCAGAGAGAUGGGUGUUCCCUGGAGGCUGCACACCUGGUUGGAGUCGCUCCGCAGAGCUCAGCAGCUGUGCAGGGAUGAAGUUCUGGUCUCCCUCCUCACAGAGUUCCCCUCCAUCAGGACGGAGGACUACAGCCCCGAGCUGCUGUCCACAGGCGUCCCGCUCAUGUUCAGCAUGUUAGCGACCAGUAAGGACUACGUGGUGACGAAGCGACUGGCGGCGGCGUUGUCUCACAGCUACGGCUCCUCACCUGUUCCUGCCGUCUCGCCAAUGGACGUCACGCUGUCCACACAGCUGGAUUCUCAUUUCCUGAACAACAAGGAGAUGUCCGACGUGACGUUCGUGGUGGACGGGCGUCCGUUCUACGCUCAUCAGGUGCUGCUGAUGUCCGCCUCUGAAAGGUUUCGACGAAUGCUCGCAGAUUCCCCCGACAACAUCAUCCACAUCAGUCAUGUGACCUACAGCACCUUCCAGUUGAUGAUGAAGUCGCUGUACUGUGGAGGGACAGAAGGACUGAAGAUCUCACACUCUGAAUCCAUGACGCUGCUGCCGUUGGCCAUCUUCUUCCAGCUCCGACGUCUGCAGAGAUGCUGUGAGAUCACGCUGUCGCAGAGUCUGACUCUGAAGAACGCCAUGGACGUCUACCAGACAGCCAAGAACCUCGGAGGAGCGGAACUCUGCCGGUUCUGUGACGGGUUCUUCCUGCAGAAUCUGGACCGGCUUCUGGACAGGGAGGACUUCCACCGGCUGCUGCUGGGAGGCAUCAGUCAGGAGCUGCUCUGUCCAGGUACGAGCACCCACUCUGGGUCAGGACAGACCCAGGACCUGGACCGAGACCCAUCAGUCCUCCUGAGGGACCUGGAGACGGUACUGAUCCACAGACUUUACAAACUCCACUCAGUGUGUCGAGUUUAGACAGACUGGACUGCGUUUUGGGAAUUGUAGCCAUACUUCAUAUGGAAAAAUGGACUCCAGACAUCCCGGAUCAUUAGUUACUCCUCCUAUUUAUUAAACUUGAUAUAACUGAUGAUGAUGAUGAUGAUGAUUUUUCGGUUAACGUUCUCUGGUCAUGAUGUGAAUUUUGGUUUCUUUGACCGUCAGACAGAUUAGUGACAUCUUUGACUUUAUUAAACCGAGACCAACAUAUGAAUAUUUCUGAAGUCAAACAGCUGAAAACAUGUUUACUUUGGGCCGCUGUAGAUGUAAAUAUAAACGUAACAGGAGCUGUCCGAGUGGGAAGAACACGGCUAAUAUUACAAAAGAACAAAAACUGGUCUGUUGCUCAUUUUCAGAAUAUAGAUAUUUAUUUUACUCAGGCAGCUCUGCAUGAUGCAGGGAAAAAAGUCUCAUUUCUUAAACAGAAUACGUUUUGAUUGGCCAAAUUUUCUCAUAUUCUUUACCAGCUGUGCAGUCUGCAGACAAUCUGAAAAAUAUGGAGAAGUAUGGAAGUUUAGCCACUUGAACAUAUGGAGUUAAUAUUUUCUCACAUGAAACCACAGCAGAGAUUCAACUCUCACCAAACCGAUCUUUACACCUGACUGGUAAAAGAUCAAUUUUUAUUACAGCAACGUCACCGUCGUUCUGCCAGUUAACCGUGGUGUAGACGGGGAACUAAAGAUCUGCACUGUUCUUUUAUUGUGGGCACUUCUCAGCCUCAUAAUUCAGCAGAUUCGUGAAUGAAACUUAAUCUUACCUUUUCUUCGUGACAGAAUUUCACAGAAAUGUUACUUAAAGAGCAACGUGCAGGUUCGGAAACGCCAGAGACUAAAAGUAUUUAGAGAGGCGACUUAAAAUAAGUAGCUGAGCUGGAACAAACAGCUCUUUACUACCAGAAAAUAAACUAAAUGUAAACCUGAGAGAAGUCAGACCAGAAAAGGACAAGAACAGCAGAAAUAUCGUCCUGCAGGUUGCACAUUUUAUAAAUUAAUCGUGGUGUUAAAUGAUUGAUAGAGAUUACACAGAAUCGUUGCUUUGGGUAAAAGAUCGUGUCU